CGACCCGCCCGCCCCGCGCCGCAGGCCCCGCCCGCCCCGCGCCAGCCGCGCUCCGACCCGCGGACGCGCCGAGCGCACGGCGGGAGCCUGGGGGCCGCGGGGGGCGCGGGGGGCGCCGCGCCCCGACCAUGACCGCGUCGCGCCGCGGGGUUACAGACUGUGGUUUGGUGCUCGAACACCAGCACUAACUUCAGCAUGCUCAAGAGGAAGCAGAGCUCCAGGGUGGAAGCCCAGCCUGUCACCGACUUUGGCCCCGAUGAAUCUCUGUCGGACAACGCAGACAUUCUUUGGAUUAACAAACCAUGGGUUCACUCUUUGCUGCGGAUCUGUGCCAUCAUGAGUGUGAUUUCCGUGUGCAUGAACACACCCAUGACGUUCGAACACUACCCUCCUCUCCAGUACGUGACCUUCACUCUGGACACUUUGCUCAUGUUCCUCUACACGGCAGAGAUGAUCGCAAAAAUGCACAUCCGGGGCAUUGUCAAGGGGGAUAGUUCCUAUGUGAAGGACCGCUGGUGUGUUUUUGAUGGAUUUAUGGUCUUUUGCCUUUGGGUUUCAUUGGUGUUGCAGGUCUUUGAGAUUGCUGAUAUAGUUGACCAGAUGUCCCCUUGGGGAAUGCUGCGGAUCCCCCGGCCACUGAUCAUGAUCCGAGCAUUUCGGAUUUACUUCCGGUUUGAACUUCCAAGAACACGGAUUACAAACAUUUUAAAGCGAUCAGGAGAACAAAUAUGGAGUGUUUCCAUUUUUCUGCUUUUCUUUCUACUUCUCUAUGGAAUUUUAGGAGUUCAGAUGUUUGGAACGUUUACCUUUCACUGUGUCUUAAAUGACACAAAACGUGGAAAUGUAACCUGGAAUAGCUUAGCAAUCCCAGACACACAUUGCUCACCAGAGCUAGAAGAAGGCUACCAGUGCCCCCCGGGAUUUAAAUGCAUGGACCUGGAAGCUCUGGGUCUCGAAAGGCAAGAGCUGGGCUACAGUGGCUUUAAUGAGAUAGGCACGAGCAUUUUCACGGUGUACGAGGCGGCCUCACAGGAGGGCUGGGUGUUCCUCAUGUACCGAGCCAUCGACAGCUUUCCCCGCUGGCGCUCCUACUUCUAUUUCAUCACGCUCAUCUUUUUCCUGGCCUGGCUUGUGAAGAAUGUGUUUAUUGCUGUCAUCAUUGAAACCUUUGCAGAAAUCAGGGUCCAGUUCCAGCAGAUGUGGGGAUCGAGAAGUAGCACGACCUCCACAGCCACCACACAGAUGUUUCAUGAAGAUGCUGCUGGUGGGUGGCAACUGGUCGCUGUGGAUGUCAACAAGCCCCAAGGACGCGCGCCAGCCUGCCUACAGCAAAUGAUGCGGUCCUCAGUUUUCCACAUGUUCAUCCUGAGCAUGGUCACCGUGGACGUGAUCGUGGCCGCCAGCAACUACCACAAGGGAGACACCUAUAGACGGCAGUACGACGAGUUCUACCUGGCAGAGGUGGCUUUUACGGUCCUGUUUGAUCUGGAAGCCCUCCUGAAGAUCUGGUGCUUGGGGUUUACCGGAUAUAUCAGCUCUUCUCUCCACAAAUUUGAACUGCUGCUUGUAAUCGGAACCACGCUCCACGUUUAUCCCGACCUUUAUCAUUCUCAGUUCACGUACUUUCAGGUUCUCCGAGUGGUGCGUCUUAUUAAGAUUUCACCUGCACUAGAGGAUUUUGUGUACAAGAUCUUCGGUCCUGGAAAAAAGCUCGGGAGUUUGGUCGUGUUCACUGCCAGCCUCUUGAUUGUUAUGUCAGCAAUUAGCUUGCAGAUGUUCUGCUUUGUCAAAGAGCUGGACCGCUUUACAACGUUCCCAAGGGCAUUCAUGUCCAUGUUCCAGAUCCUGACCCAGGAAGGAUGGGUUGAUGUAAUGGACCAAACUCUGAAUGCCGUGGGGCGAAUGUGGGCCCCUGUGGUCGCCAUCUACUUCAUCCUCUACCAUCUUUUCGCCACUCUGAUCCUCCUGAGUUUGUUUGUUGCUGUUAUUUUGGACAACUUAGAACUUGAUGAAGAUCUAAAGAAGCUUAAACAAUUAAAGCAAAGCGAAGCAAAUGCAGACACCAAAGAGAAACUCCCUUUGCGCCUUCGGAUCUUUGAAAAGUUUCCCAACAGACCGCAGAUGGUGAAAAUCUCCAAGCUUCCCUCGGAUUUCACGGUCCCUAAGAUCAGGGAAAGCUUCAUGAAGCAGUUCAUCGACCGCCAGCAGCAGGACACGGGGUCCCUCCUGAGGAGCCUCCCGGCCACCUCCCCCACCUCCUGCGAGCCGUCCAAACGGUCCGCCAUCGAGGACAGCAAGUACAUUGACCAGAAGCUGCGGAAGUCUGUUUUCAGCAUCAGGGCAAGGAAUCUUCUGGAAAAGGAGACCGCAGUCACUAAGAUCUUAAGAGCUUGCACUCGACAGCGCAUGCUGAGCGGAUCAUUUGAGGGGCAGCCAGCAAAGGAAAGGUCGAUUCUCAGCGUGCAGCAUCAUAUCCGCCAGGAGCGCAGGUCACUGAGACAUGGAUCCAACAGCCAGAGAAUCAGCAGGGGGAAAUCUCUGGAAACACUGACUCAAGAUCACUCCAAUACUGUGAGAUACCGCAAUGCACAAAGGGAAGACAGUGAAAUAAAGAUGAUUCAGGAGAAGAAGGAGCAAGCUGAAAUGAAAAGGAAAGUGCAAGAGGAGGAGCUGCGGGAGAACCAUCCCUACUUCGACAAGCCCCUGUUCAUCGUCGGGAGGGAGCAUCGAUUCAGGAACUUCUGCAGAGUGGUGGUGCGGGCACGCUUCAACGCGUCUAAGACUGACCCUGUCACCGGGGCCGUGAAAAGCACCAAGUACCAUCAACUGUAUGAUUUGCUGGGACUGGUCACCUACCUGGACUGGGUCAUGAUCAUCGUCACCAUCUGCUCCUGCAUCUCCAUGAUGUUCGAGUCCCCGUUCCGCAGAGUCAUGCACGCCCCGACGUUGCAGAUUGCUGAGUAUGUGUUUGUGAUAUUCAUGAGCAUUGAGCUGAAUCUGAAGAUUAUGGCAGAUGGCUUAUUCUUCACUCCAACUGCUGUCAUCAGGGACUUUGGCGGAGUAAUGGACAUAUUCAUCUAUCUUGUGAGCCUGAUCUUCCUGUGCUGGAUGCCCCAGAACGUGCCCGCGGAGUCGGGGGCUCAGCUCCUCAUGGUUCUCCGCUGCCUGCGACCCCUGCGGAUCUUCAAGCUGGUGCCGCAGAUGCGGAAGGUUGUGCGGGAGCUCUUCAGUGGCUUCAAGGAGAUCUUCCUGGUCUCCAUCCUGCUGCUGACGCUGAUGCUCGUGUUCGCCAGCUUCGGGGUCCAGCUCUUCGCUGGGAAGCUGGCCAAGUGCAACGACCCCCACAUCCUUAGACGGGAAGAUUGUAAUGGCAUCUUCAGAAUUAAUGUAAGUGUGUCCAAGAAUUUAAAUUUAAAAUUAAAUCCCGGAGAGAAGAAGCCUGGAUUUUGGGUGCCCCGUGUUUGGGCAAACCCUCGGAACUUUAAUUUUGACAACGUAGGCAACGCUAUGCUGGCCCUGUUUGAAGUUCUGUCCUUGAAAGGCUGGGUGGAAGUGAGAGAUGUUAUUAUUCAUCGUGUGGGACCGAUGCACGGGAUCUAUAUUCAUGUUUUUGUAUUCCUGGGCUGCAUGAUCGGACUGACCCUUUUUGUUGGAGUCGUCAUUGCUAAUUUCAAUGAAAACAAGGGCACAGCUCUGCUGACUGUGGAUCAGAGAAGAUGGGAAGAUCUGAAGAGCAGACUGAAGAUCGCGCAGCCUCUUCAUCUCCCACCUCGACCGGAUAACGAUGGUUUUCGAGCUAAGAUGUACGACAUCACCCAGCACCCGUUCUUUAAGAGGACGAUCGCCCUGCUUGUCCUGGCCCAGUCCGUUUUGCUCUCCGUUAAGUGGGAUGUGGAGGACCCAGUGACGGUUCCUUUGGCGACGAUGUCGGUGGUCUUCACCUUCAUCUUUGUUCUAGAGGUUACAAUGAAAAUCAUAGCAAUGUCGCCGGCGGGCUUCUGGCAAAGCAGACGGAACCGGUAUGAUCUGCUGGUGACAUCCCUGGGCAUCGUCUGGGUGGUGCUGCACUUUGCCCUCCUGAACGCGUACACCUACAUGAUGGGCGCCUGCGUCAUCGUCUUCCGCUUCUUUUCCAUCUGCGGGAAGCACGUAACUCUGAAGAUGCUUCUCCUGACGGUGGUGGUCAGCAUGUAUAAAAGCUUCUUUAUCAUCGUGGGCAUGUUUCUGCUGCUGCUCUGCUAUGCCUUUGCUGGCGUGGUUUUAUUCGGAACGGUGAAGUACGGAGAGAACAUUAACAGGCAUGCGAACUUUUCCUCAGCUGGCAAAGCUAUUACUGUGCUGUUCCGAAUAGUGACGGGGGAAGACUGGAACAAGAUCAUGCAUGACUGUAUGGUCCAGCCUCCCUUCUGUACCCCAGACGAAUAUACAUACUGGGCCACGGACUGCGGAAACUACGCCGGUGCUCUGAUGUAUUUCUGUUCCUUUUAUGUCAUCAUUGCCUACAUCAUGCUAAAUCUGCUUGUAGCCAUAAUUGUGGAGAAUUUUUCCCUGUUUUAUUCCACGGAAGAGGACCAGCUUCUAAGUUAUAAUGACCUUCGCCACUUUCAGAUUAUAUGGAAUAUGGUGGAUGACAAAAGAGAGGGGGUCAUCCCCACCUUCCGGGUGAAGUUCCUGCUGCGGCUGCUGCGCGGGCGGCUGGAGGUGGACCUGGACAAGGACAAGCUCCUAUUCAAGCACAUGUGCUACGAGAUGGAGCGUCUGCACAACGGCGGUGACGUCACCUUCCACGACGUCCUCAGCAUGCUGUCCUACCGGUCCGUGGACAUCCGCAAGAGCCUGCAGCUGGAGGAGCUGCUGGCCCGGGAGCAGCUGGAGUACACCAUCGAGGAGGAGGUGGCCAAGCAGACCAUCCGCAUGUGGCUGAAAAAGUGCUUGAAGCGCAUCCGAGCUAAGCAGCAACAGUCCUGCAGCAUCAUCCACAGCCUGCGCGAGAGCCAGCAGCAGGAGCUGAGCCGCUUCCUGAACCCCCCCAGCAUCGAGACCACCCAGCCCAGCGAGGACAUGCACGCCAACAGCCAGGACAUCGGCACGCAGCCCGAGACCAGCAGCCAGCAGCAGCUGCUGAGCCCCACGCUGUCCGACCGAGGCGGCAGCCGGCAGGACGCGGCAGACGCAGGGAAACCACAGAGGAAGUUCGGGCAGUGGCGGCUGCCCUCAGCACCAAAGCCCAUCAGCCACUCUGUGUCCUCGGUCAACUUGCGGUUUGGAGGACGGACCACAAUGAAAUCAGUCGUGUGCAAGAUGAACCCCAUGACAGAUGCUGCUUCCUGUGGCUCUGAAGUCAAGAAGUGGUGGACCCGGCAGCUAACCGUGGAGAGCGAUGAGAGUGGGGAUGACCUUCUGGACAUUUAGGUGGAAGGCAACUCAGAGGACAGUCCAGUGGUAAAAGCCACGGUCUCUGCUUUCCUCAGUGUCCAGUGAGCAUCAAAACCUCAUUAAAAUGACAACUUGUCACAGAGUCUUAACAUGCAUUUUUGUCCUGCCAGAAGAAGGCAGAAAAGCUGUGUAUACCAGGGGUUAUCCCCAUACCUUCAAGAAAAUGUGCAUAGUCUGUACUGGUAAUAAUAGAAACUAUUCCAACCCCAGAUAUAGCGCAGUCACGAGUUUCAUAUAUUCUGUCUCGGUAAUUCAAGGUGUUAUUUUUAUGUCUGCUCUACUGUGCUAUUUCCCCUGCCCUAAGAAAGAGUGCUAAGCCCAUGUGGCUGACAUUUAUGAUAUAGGAACUAUAGAUCCUCUGUUCAUAUACCUCCCUCCACUAGAAUUACUUCUCUUGGGAGAAUUAUUCAUUUAUGAUUGAUCUGAAAAAGGUCAGCAUUGAACUCAUGCUAAAACAAUAGUAGUUUUACAAACUACACAUUCUGAAUUUUAAAAAGCAUAUUCUUCUUCUCGGUUCUUUUGUAAAAUCCACACAGAUACUUAGAGCUCGGAACAAUUCCAUUUAUGUUCUCCGUCACUUAAGAAACUGUUACCUGCUUCCAGGAAAAUUGUGUGUUGCAGGUAAAUAAAUUGACACAGAACUUGGCUGGUUUCGACAAACCCAGUGUAUAUAGAUCACUCGGGGGUACAGUUAUGGCACUAUGCUAACUUUCUUGAAAGGUUGUAAUAGCUGAGUUUAAUUUUUAAAAAAAAAAAGUGAAAGGACACAAUGCAGCUGAUAAAACAAAUUUUGCCAUCUGAUGCUAUUAUUCAUUUCAUGGUCCCCAUUAUCUGUCCUUGCCAUAAGCCAGAAAGACAUUAUGAGUUAAUCCCAGCACCACUGCUGUGUCCAACUCAAAGACGACUCCUUCAAUUCCAGAUUCUCCUCUGGAAUAAUGAUGUUCUGUGAAAAGUUUGCUCUGGGCUCAGCAAGGGCACGCCCCAACUCCAGUGAAUUUGUUCCUACAGCAGUGGUCCAUGUCCUCUUGGCAAACUAACGUGCACCGGAUUAGAUGUGGGUUACACCAAGUCCUGGAGUUGUGCUGUGUAGAUAGGUGAUUUCCAAAAGGGGCCAUCUCAGUCCUUUGACAUCCACCUUGUUUUAUGAUGUCUGUUUCUCUGCCUAACAUUCUCAAAGACAGGCAAAUGUAUACCGCAACGGGGAGUGUCCUGUUUUAGUGAUGAAUCGUGACCAGAAGGCGGUGGACAGGUAAAGUCAGCGCAGUGGUUUUAUGUUCUGAGUUAUGUGGGGUUUUCUUUUUGUACAUAAGAAAAGAAAAUAAAUCCUGGAUUUGUAAAAGAA